AUGCGGCUGCUGGGCGGCAGAAAGGAGCCUUGGGAGCAGCCAUCGAACCUGAGUGACGUCUGUCCGAGUCCAUUUGCACGUGCUGAUUUAUGUCCAUGGGAGUCAACCCGUGCGUGGUUCCUGGCAGAAGUGUGGGGAACAGAUCAUGCAGCAAAAGAGCCAGUGGAGGAUACAGAUCCAAGUACUCUUUCCUUAACAAUGACUGAAAAAUAUCCUGUCCAAGACACAGGAGUACCUAAAGAUGAGGAAUACCUAACAGAUCAAGUUACAUUGGAAAUUGCAUCUGUGAACAUCAAGACCCUUACGUCAGAUUCUGGCCUAAUCCAACAGCCAGAAGACAAAGACACACAAAACCAUACUGACAAAUCACUUUCAGAUCUCAAGAAAACCUGCAAGGAGAAUGGCACCUGCUCCUUGUGCUUAUUCCGUGCACCGACCAUCAGCGACAUGCUCAACGAUGAGGACUUGUUGUACACAGUGAGGCUAAAGCUGGAUCCCUGCCACCCAACAGUGAAAAACUGGAGAAAUUUAGCAAGCAAGUGGGGGAUGACUUAUGAUGAAUUGUGUUUCCUUGAACAGAAGCCUCAAAGUCCCACCCUGGAGUUCUUGCUACGGAAUAGUGACCGGACUGUGGAGCAGCUGAUUGAUCUCUGUAAAUUUUAUAAGAGAAUUGAUGUUGUGAAAGUGCUGCUGAAAUGGGUGGAGGAGGAAUGGCCCAAGAGAGGGAACAGAACUUACCAGAAUGAUUUCUAGGUCAAAGAAAGUUGUUAGCCUGUACGUGUGAAAUGCUGGGCCUAGCUGCCACUAGUACGUGGGAAGCUUCCCUUGCAAGAGAGAGAGAGCCUGUACCAACGGUUUGUAUACUGUGUAAGCUUUAUGUACUGUACACACAUAUAUAUGUUCUAUGCCCUCAGGGUUGCAAAGAUAACCUUCCAAAAGUGGGCGGAAUAAUGCAGGUUGGUUCUUGAGUCUACAAACACCUUCAGUUUCUUUGCU